AUGAAGGCUUCUGUUUUGGCCUUGGCGGCCGUUGCUACCGUUGCCGUAGCUGCCCCCGUGGCAGAGCCGGGAGAGAGCGGCGCCGAUAUCGACUAUAAGAAACUGUGGCGGAGGGGUCCCAAAGAGGCUGGCACCGAUACUGGACUUUACGCCCCGGCAAACUGGGGCACCAAGAGAGGUGAGCUAGAGCGAAAGGCUGCUAAAGAGGCCGGCACGGACACUGGGCUCUACGCUCCCGCAAACUGGGGUACUAAAAGAGAUGAGCUGGAGCGAAAGGCUGAUAAAGAGGUCGGCCCGGAUACUGGGCUUUAUGCCCCAGCAAACUGGGGUACCAAGAGAGGUGAGCUGGAGCGAAAGGCUCCGGCGGGAACGGAUGGUAGGGUCUAUGCUCCAUCAAAUUGGAUCGCCUAG